AUGAAAGGUAAACUUUGGAUUCUAGGUUUGUUCCUGCUAAUAAACGGUGGUUUGGAGACUUCUCAUGGUUUAGUGGAUGGUUUGGAAUCGAUGUGGAAUUAUGACUACACCAAAUAUCACCCUAUGGAUGAGAUAUACCGCUGGAUGGAAGAUGUGAAGCAAAGGAACCCCGAACUGAUUUCCUCUACUGUCUAUGGACACACCUAUGAAGGAAGAAACAUCACACUGCUGAAGUUGGGACUAGAAAACCCGAAGGGCAAAGAGAAGAAGGUGAUAUGGGUGGACUGUGGUAUUCACGCUCGGGAGUGGAUCGCCCCCGCUUUCUGUCAGUGGUUUGUCAAAGAGAUUGUGCAGUCAUACAAAACCAAUGAAAAGCUGGAGCAGAUGCUGCAGAAUGUUGACGUCUAUGUUACUCCUGUGAUCAAUGUGGAUGGAUAUAUAUUCACCUGGGCCAAUGACAGUACUCGUCUGUGGAGAAAGUCUCGUUCCCCCCCUCCUCCAGGUGGUAGCUGUUACGGUGUUGACCUCAACAGAAACUUUAAUGCCAACUGGGGAACGGUUGGAGUGUCAUUUAACAGUUGUGCACUCACCUACUGUGGGGAAUCACCAGGAUCAGAGCCUGAGGCUAAAGCUGUGAUGGACUUUGUCGGUAAGAUGAUUAAGCAGACUCUACUUUUCCUCACCAUCCAUUCUGCUGGACAACUUAUACUCCUUCCAUAUGGCCACCCUGAGAUUUAUGCACCCAACUACAAUGAACUGGUUUCAGUUGGUGAGGCAGCAGCAGCCGAAAUGAAGAAGGUGCAUGGAAUGAACUACACCGUAGGAACAUCUCCACAGAUCCUCUAUGCGAAUUCAGGUUCAAGUCGUGACUGGGCUCGUCUCAGUGGCAUCCCUUUCUCUUACACCUUUGAGCUGCGAGACAAAGGUAACUUCAGCCACUUGCUGCCAGAAGAGCAGAUUCAGCCAGCCUGUGAGGAGGCCUACGCAGGAGCUCUUUCCAUCAUUACAUACGUUCACGACAAGGCCUUUAACAGCAGUACCCUCCCUAACGCUGCUGUCAUCACAGUUACUGGUAAUGUUAUGAAGAUAUGGAGCACUAUGAUGGCUGUGUUUCUCACCACAGGGGUCUUGGUGUAAG